CUCCCUUCUCUCUGCCCCACCCUGUUGCCUCUCUGCUCUGGACUUGGGGGGUACGCUCGCCUCUAUAAAAGCCUUGUCUGUGCCCCAAGCGAGCUUCAUUCCCCAUCAUGGAGAGUCAGAGAAUCCAGUCCUCGUACAGGAAGCGUUAUGGGCCUCAGGGCCCGAGCUCCACAGCCACCAGAAUCGGGAGCCUUUCCUCCAACCGCUACUCCUGGCAUGGCUCCCCUCGCAACCCCACCCACGCCAGCCCCAUGUCCAGGAUCUCCCUGGGCUCUACCAACACGGCCCUUUUCCUGGGGAGCCCCGCCGACCGGCUGGACUUCUCCGCAGACUCCCUGAUGAAGGCCCAUUUCAAGGAGACCCGCUCCAACGAGAAGUUGGAGAUGAUGGGCCUGAACGACCGCUUUGCCAACUUCAUCGAGAAGGUGCGCCUGCUGGAGCAGCAGAACAAGCUUCUGGUGGCAGAGCUGACCCAGGUGAAGGGGAAGGAGCCCAGCCACCUGGGAGACAUCUACCAGGAGGAGCUGAGAGAGCUGCGGCGGCAGGUGGACGGUCUCACUAAUGGCAAAGCUCGGCUGGAGAUAGAGAGGGACAACCUGGCCGCAGAUGUGGGAACACUCAAGCAGAGGCUGCAGGACGAGAUCGGCCUCCGACAGGAUGCAGAGAACAACUUGAACGCCUUUAGACAGGAUGUGGACGAGGCUUCUCUAAAUCGUGUCCAGUUAGAGAGGAAGAUCGAUGCCCUGCAGGAUGAGAUCAACUUCCUGAAGAAGAUCCAUGAGGAGGAGCUGCGUGAGUUACAGGAGCAGAUCAUGACCCAGCAGGUGCACGUUGACCUGGAUGUGCCCAAACCCGACCUGACUGCUGCCCUGAGAGACAUCAGGGUCCAGUAUGAAACCAUGGCCUCCUCAAACAUGCAGGAUACGGAGGAGUGGUACAGAUCCAAGUUUGCUGACCUGACAGAUGCAGCCAAUAGAAACGCAGAAGCCCUGCGCCAAGCCAAGCAAGAGGCCAACGAAUACCGGCGCCAGGUCCAAGUGGUGACCUGUGACAUGGAGGCUCUCCGUGGAACAAAUGAUUCUCUGGAACGCCAGCUCCGAGAGAUGGAAGACCGCUUCGCCAUGGAGACCGGCGGUUACCAGGAUACAGUGAGCCGUAUGGAGGAGGAGAUCCAUGCCCUGAAGGAGGAGAUGGCGAGACACCUGCAGGAGUACCAGGACCUCCUCAACGUCAAGCUGGCCCUGGACAUCGAGAUCGCCACCUAUAGGAAGCUGCUGGAGGGAGAGGAGAGCAGGAUCACUAUUCCAGUUCAGAGCUUUUCCAACCUGCAGUUUAGAGAAACUAAUCUGGACACCAAAAGCCCAGAGACUCAUGUGAAGAGGGGCAUCCUGGUUCGGACUGUGGAGACCAGAGACGGGGAGAUCAUUAAGGAUUCAACCACUGAACGCAAAGAUCUUUCUUAAAUCAGCUCUCCCAUCGCAUCCUCCUUAAAAGAUGAGGAUUUUCAAUGCAUAUAAUCACUUUGUUUCUAAACCCCACAGCAGCCCGAUCACAUAAUUUCAUUUGUCUCUCCUUUCAUCGUCAUCCUUGGACUAAACUAUUUACUGCCUGUGAUAACCAUCAAAUACGACAAAACGUCAUGACUAGAAUUUCUGCCCCGAAGGAUCCAUGUUUAGUUUUUUGUACAGCUCCACUUAGCUUGAGUUCAUCUUAAAUGGUCUGUAGCUUGUUCCAGUGAAGAAAAAAGGGCUGGAAUUUACUGGUAAUGUGUUUAAUUUUAACUUGGAGUAAUUUGUUAGCACUGUGUCAGAUUAGCUGGUGUAGAGGAGGCCUCGAAAUGUAGCGAUCUUGUUUAGCUAAUACGUGGUGGAGGUCGACAUGUGGUUAUUGUGUAUGUGAAAUAUGGUGAGGAAGAUGCAAGAGGGAGUUUGGGCUUUUGCAGAUGUCAGAGUGGGAUUCGGGCAGGGAAUGAGAGAUUUGUGUAUGUUAGAGCAAUGUUUGGCAGGAUGAAUCUAGGUGGAUUUUUUCUUUUUCCUUUUGACUUGGUGCUAUGUUACAUCUCAUUUCUUUGCUGCAGCAAUCACACGUUGCUUUAAGGUCCUGCACACAAGAGCAAGUCUUACAUGCUUCUGACUAGACCUGCUCUCGGGUUUGAAUUUGUCGGAGCUCACCUGGUUUGUUUUCAUGAUCUUCUGCUGCUGCUCUGAAUGUCUAGAACUUUAUCUGACCAAGAGGAAAAACAAAGACAGGAUCUGUCUGUUCUGGUCUGUAGACACUGUGUCCAGGCUCUAGAUUUACAGACACUCACUGUAUUUAUCCUUAUUCUGACACAGAGGAUGUACACUACACAAAACACGUCAGAGCAGAACAAGAAAUCACUGCAGAGUCUUAAAUGUAACUAAAGUACACUGUAUUUUAACACAGAUGCAUCUACUCAUGCAUGUUUUCGCAACUCAAUUCCAAAUGCAGUGGUUUAUUUCUUGUCAACUUUGCUGAGGUCAUCUGUGAGAAAGGUUUUACCUGAAUAAAUAAACAAUAACAAUUUCUAGUCGUAACAGUUUUGUUUUGUAUUCUUUUCUGCUGCGAUUAUGCCAAUGACACGUGUUCACAACAUUGUUUUAGUUUAGUUUUUUUUAACCUGGUGACCACGUGCAAUUGUCUGGAAUUGAAAAAAUCUAAUCAGCACAAAUAAGUGGAAAAAAAAAACAAAUAUCAACCCUGAAUUUACUGCCUCUCGUCUUCACAAAUUUUUCCACCACACACUCAUCUGGUGGUGUUUCUCUGACACAACCUGAUAAUACAUGAUCAUUUUUUGACACCGGGACGUGUCAGGGUCUGCCCACUUAUCCAGCACGAGUGGUGAUAGGGACAGGGCCGGGCUGGAGGUGUGGAGGAGGGUGUUUGGGAACUGACUCGACCUUUGCUCCCACCUUCCAGUUAAUCCUCCGAAUUCACCAGCCAGUUUCUGUAGUGUUUGACUGAUAGCAGAGAGAGACACAGAGGUGGAGGAGGGUGCUGUGGAGAUAACCUCAAACAAAUCCCACAACCCAGCAGUGUCACUGGAACCCUUGUUUUUACUUUGAAAAGAAAGAUGUUGAAGUCAAAAGUGCUGUAAGGAUGGAUGGAUGGACGUCACAGCUCCGACACUGUGAUCCUUGUGAUUCUCUUGAAGCCCGGCUGACUGUAGCCGUGCUGACAGGCCUCUGGCACUAAUGAGAAUGGUCCUAUACGCUGGCUGGCUGUCUCUGCUCAUCGCCAAGGACACACUGUGAUUCGUUUUCCCAUGUGCCUCCCACCUUCUUCUCCCCUCUGCAACUUCCACCCCCAUCACACAACCCUUUCUUCUGUUUCUCCCAUUAACAUCCAGCCCUCUCGUGUAUUCACUUUGUUUUGUGUUUAUUAGAAAUUCUGAGUCUCGUAACAAAGACGCAGCUGCUGAAACCUCUGCAUAUGUGAAUAUAACAUUUGUUUUGACCAGUGCUACAAGCUGUGGAACCAUGUUGACUUAACACCAAUAAAAGAUUGUGUUUGUUAGA